GCGCGGGGCGGGGCGAGCGGGGAGUAAAAGCGCGGCGGCGGCGGGCCGGGGUUUGAACGCUGCGCAGCGCGGCCGGGAGCUCGGCGGCUCCGCGCACCCCUCGCCGCCCGCCGGGAGCCGCCGCUGCUGCUGCUGGCUCCGGGAAGAGUUCGGGCGGUUUGGUUGUCAGCAGAACUGGGUUUCCGCAAGGCUGCUUUUUCUUUCUUUUCUUUUUCUUUUUUUUUUCUUUUUCUUUUUUUUUUUCUCCAUUUUUUAAUUUUUUAAGAUUUUUUUAAAUUUGAUUUUUUUUUUUUUUUCCCGCGAGAAUAUCGUAUUUCCCCUCCCCUCCCGUCGGCAUCCCUCUCCGCAGCAGUGCUUGCUGCCGCCGCGGGGCACGGCUAGGUGUGUAGGUCAGAAUCACAGUCAUAAAGAGGGAGGGAGAGGCCGCCAGAGACCACCCUGCCCCCGGCGACCCGAAGGAUGCUGCUGCGGCGCCGCUGCUAGAGGACACGCUGGGAUUCAGCUCGUGUCCGGGACUCGCUCUCUCCCUCUCUCCCCUCUUUCUUGCUCCGCAGAGGGGUCCCCGCUGAGGGUGAGGCCCUUCCACCCGCGCCCCUCUUCCUCCUCCUCCUCUCCCCCGCGGCUCCGCUCCCCGCGGGCAGCCCUCUCCAUGAUGCAGGCUCGCUACUCCGUCUCGGACCCCAACACCCUGGGAGUGGUGCCCUAUUUGAGCGAGCAGAACUACUACCGGACGGCGGGGACGUACGGCGGCAUGGGCAACCCCAUGAGCGUCUAUUCGGGCCACGCCGAGCAGUACGCGGCGGGCAUGGGGCGCUCCUACGGGCCCUACCACCCGCACCAGCCCGCAGCCCCCAAGGACCUGGUGAAGCCGCCCUACAGCUACAUCGCCCUCAUCACCAUGGCCAUCCAGAACGCCCCCGACAAGAAGAUCACGCUCAAUGGGAUUUACCAGUUCAUCAUGGACCGCUUCCCCUUCUACCGCGAGAACAAACAGGGCUGGCAGAAUAGCAUCCGCCACAACCUCUCGCUCAACGAGUGCUUCGUCAAGGUGCCCCGCGACGACAAGAAGCCGGGGAAGGGCAGCUACUGGACCCUGGACCCCGACUCCUACAACAUGUUCGAGAACGGCAGCUUCCUGCGCCGCCGGCGCCGCUUCAAGAAGAAGGACGUGUCCAAGGAGAAGGAGGAGGCCCGCGAGAGGCUGCUGAAGGAGCAGCCCAAACCCCCCGGGCUGCCCGGCUCCGAGCUCCCCAAGGAAGCCUCCUCCUCCUCUUCCUCUGCCUCGGCUCCGGCCUCCGAGAAGAAAGUGGUGAUCAAGAGCGAGACGGCAUCGCCGGAGCUGCCGGUGAUCACCAAGGUGGAGACGCUGAGCCCGGCCAGCGGCGGGGCCCUGCGGGACAGCCCCCGCAGCGCCGCCUCGCCUCCCGCCGCCUCCCCCGAAGGCUCCCUGCCCGAACAUCACCCCGCCGGCAACGGGCUGCCGGGGGGUUUCAGCGUGGAGAACAUCAUGACCCUGCGGACUUCCCCCCCGGGGGAUCUGAGCCCGGUGAGUGCCGCCUCGGGCCGGACGGGGGCCGCAAUGCCGCUGGGCUACCCGCCGUCGGGGCAGCCGUCGGGUUACAGCGCGGCGUGCAGCCAGGCGCUGGACGCUAGUGGGAGCUACCACUGCAGCAUGAGGGCCAUGAGCCUGUACAGCGGCGAGAGGCCGGGCCACAUGUGCGUGCCCCCGGCGCCGCUGGAGGAAGGCCUGGCCGAGCACCCCACGGGCGCCCCAUCGCCCCUGGGCGCCCUGAGCCUGCCGUCGGGGCAGGAGGGAGCGCUGGGAGCCGGGCAUCCCCACGGCGGGGGGGCGGCGCAGCCCGCAGCCUCGUGGUACCUCAAUCACGGAGCCGAGCUGAGCCACCUGCCCGGGCACACUUUCGGCACCCAGCAGCAGACUUUUCCCAACGUCCGGGAAAUGUUCACGUCGCACCGGCUCGGCAUGGAGAGCGCCUCGCUCAGCGAGCACCAGGUGAGCAGCAACUCCGCCUGUCAGCUCCCCUACAGGUCCGCGCCGUCCCUAUAUCGCCACGCCGCCCCCUAUUCCUACGACUGCACUAAGUACUGAGUAGCCACCCCCCCUCCCCCCCUCCAGUUAGGGCAAUCCUCACAACAAAAGCCCCCCCCCCGAAAAAAGGGGGAAAAAAAGGGGAAAAAAAUCGAUAAUAACAAUUCCCCCCCCAAAAUCAAAAAUCAGGUGAAAUAAAACCACACCAAACCCUUCAGACAGACCUCACAGCCUCGCCGUGGACCUGCGAGCCACAGAGUUGGGAGAUCCCAAGCCCCCCUUCCUCCCCCCCUCCCCCCCCCUGGGGGGUACAGAAAUGCCAGUAAAUUUUACUUGAAAGGGGGAUCUCUCCUAAAAAAAUAAAAUUAAAAAAAUAAACAAAUUCUAUAUAUAUAUGUCUAUCUAAACAAAGUGGCAAAUUUUAUAUGCUAAAGUAUAGGGGGUCUCAGAAAAUAAGUUAUGGACCAAUAUCGCAACGACCAUUUAUACGAUUUUAAAGAAAAAAGUAUAUAAAUAUAUAUAUAUAAAUAUAUGUCCUGGGUAUUUUUUAAGUUCUUUGUGCUGUAAAAAAUGUGUGGAUUUCUAAUCAGGCUAAUUUUCAGAGCCAUUAAUAUAAUAUUUAAAGUUGAGUUCACUGGAUUAUUUUUGUCGUGCCCAACGAUUCCUAACUUCCAAAUUAAUGACAAGUGAUUUCUUCUUCUCUGUACAAUUAUGCAAUAGAGUUUCUUUCGUUUUAGAGCUCUUCUUUGCGCAAGACGAGGAAAUAAUUUAUUUUUUGCUGGUGGAUUUUUUGAAAGAAAAAGACAAAGUAUCUGAUACUUUUUUAUUAUUAUUUACGAUGUGUGAUGUUUUGUAUAAUAGAUUUCACCUUGACCAUUCCUAAGGACUAUUUGCUUUAACCUGCUUCAAAGUUCGUUUGUCUUAUGUGGUCUUAAUUGUUGUACUUACCUUAAAAUAAAUCCAUGCUGUUUUUUCUGCUCCAA